AUGAAUGUCACAGACAGUAAAUCUGAGUAUAUUGACAAUCAUUGUAAGGUCUCCUUUAUGAACACCAUUGGUGAGGAAGAACUGAAAAGAUUACAGAAUCCUUUAGAACAAGUUGAUGAUGGAAAAUAUUUGCUUGAGAAUCACCAGCUGGCCAUGGAUGUGGAGAAUAACAUUGAAAAGUACUCCCUCAGUCUACAGCCCUUGGAGUCCAAAGUGAAAAUCAUUCAGCGAGCAUGGCGAGAGUACUUGCAGAGGCAGGAGCCCCUGGAGAAGAGGAGCCCGUCGCCACCCUCCGUCUCUUCAGACAAGCUGAGCAGCUCUGUCAGCAUGAACACCUUCUCCGACAGCAGCACACCCGUGAGUGUCCCUGCCAGCUUGCUCAGACUGGCUUGUUGUGCAUAUAGGUAG